UGAGGGAAGAGCACCCGCGCUGCCGGAAGUGGCCGCGCGUUUUUAGCCGCUGCGACCGUGGCGCGAGAGCCGAGGGGUCGCCAUGGAGCAAUGGGAGUCGGACGCCGACGCUGACGCCGACGAUGCCAUGGACGCGUUCCUGGAAAAGUUCCAGAACGAGACUUACAGUGGCGGCUUCCACGAGGACCAGUGGGAGGAGGAAUUUGAAAAGGUCCCCCUAUUUAUGAGGAAAGCGCCAUCCGAAAUUGAUCCCAACGAAAAUCCUGAUUUGGCUUGCCUCCAGUCAAUUAUUUUUGAUGAAGAACGAUCUCCAGAAGAACAGGCCAAGACCUACAAGAAUGAGGGCAAUGAUUACUUUAAAGAAAAAGACUAUAAAAAAGCUGUGAUUUCGUACUCUGAAGGAUUAAAGAAGAAAUGCACAGACCCUGAUUUGAAUGCUGUCCUUUAUACCAACCGGGCAGCAGCACAGUACUAUCUUGGCAAUUUUCGUUCUGCUCUCAAUGAUGUGACAGCUGCCAAAAAGCUAAAACCCUGCCACCUCAAAGCAAUAAUAAGAGGUGCCCUAUGCCAUUUGGAACUGAAAAAUUUUGCUGAGGCUGUGAACUGGUGUGAUGAAGGGUUGCAGAUAGAUGCCAGAGAGAAGAAGCUUCUGGAAAUGAGGGCUAAAGCAGACAAACUGAAGAGAACUGAACAGAGGGAUAUAAGAAAAGCAAAGAUGAAAGAAAAGAAGGAGCAGAAUCAUAAUAAGGCUUUACUCCAGGCCGUCAAGGCUAGGAACAUCAAGCUAGUCUCUGAAGCUGCCAGUGAGGAUGAAGAUUCAGACUCAGAAGAUCUAGGUGAGCUUUCCCUGGAUCGGCUCAGCUCGGAGAACCGCUAUGGAGCCAGGCUGAGUGUAGAUGAGCAGGGCAGGUUAAGCUGGCCUGUGCUCUUUCUGUACCCAGAGCACACCCAGUCGGACUUCAUCGCUGCUUUUCACGAGGACUCCAGGUUUAUUGAUCAUCUGAUGGUGAUGUUUGGUGAAACACCCUCUUGGGACUUAGAGCAAAAAUACUGCCCUAAUAAUUUAGAGAUCUACUUUGAGGAUGAUGGUGGGACAGAACUCUACCGGGUGCCUCUCAAGAGCACCCUGUUGCACGUGCUGCAGCACCCCAGGUACUUUGUAAAAGCCCUGAUACCAGCAUUUUUGGUCUGUGUAGGAGCCUCUGGUUUUUCUAAGAAUUACGUCCGGGGGAAAAAGGUGCAUCAGGUAAAGUGACUGAGCCAGGCCCCUGGAUCUCAUCCCUCACUCUCCUCUGCCUGGAAUCAUCUGAACCCAACACUUCAUUUCUGCCACCCUGGGGACAGUCCUUCCAUGCAUCAUGGUGGGGGAAGAGCUGCUGACUUCCCUGAACUACAUCCUCUUUGCUCAGUGCCAAGUUCCAGCUGGUCUCUACUCUCCCCUGUUGAUUCAAAAUUGUACCUUGGUCAUGGCA